AUGGCAGCUUCGUUGGAUAAAAACAAGCCAGGUCCUGUCAAGCGUGAUAGAAAAGGCGAACCUCGGAAUGCUGGUCGAAGACAACAAAGCAAAGACCCUAUUGAUGAAGAUUCUCUUGUAAUCAAAACAUUUCGUUAUUAUCAGGUGGAGUUGGAUGGAAAACAUGACAAACAUGAAAGAUUAGUCAAACUGAGUCGAGAUGUGACAAUUGAGAGCAAGAGAAUUAUAUUUUUAUUACACAGAGUCACAAGUGGGAGAGCUAUGGAUGAUGUAAUAAGUGAAGCCCUGACAAAAAUCAAUGACAUCACUGAGCGAUGCCUGAAGAAAAUUGCGAUUGAGUUAGAAGAUGAAGAUCCAUACAUGUUCUUGAGAGCGUACACUGCUGGACUUCAGGAGUAUAUUGAGGCUGUGACAUUUUUCCAUUAUCUGCAAACUGGUAAAUUAAUGAGCUUGAACGAAUUUCAAAAGUCGUUAACAUUUACUGUGGAUUCAAAAUCUGAGGUGAGUACAGCAGCAUUAAUCAGCGAUUAUGCCAAUGAUGGAGAGAUCAAUCUAGGUCAGGGGAAGCCCCAUGAUCCCAAGAUUUUCCCUUACGUCACAAACCACGUGACCGAGGAUGAAGGCGAGGCUCAGGCAAGUGGCACUGGGUCUCCACCAAGACCUUGGGCAUUGAAUACCAAUGGGGAUGCUGGCAGCCAAGCCUCCAAUUUCGGCUCUCUACAUUUCACCAAAGUGGAUGAAACAAAUGGUGCUGCUGCUUCACCAAACGUCGGUACACAUAAUCCGUACCUAGCCCUAGACGACACAACCCAAACAAGGGGUUAUUAG